AUGUCAUUGUCCCUUGGUGACUUCACGUCACUGUGAGUGUGCACUGUGCGCAACUUCUCGUUUGUGCGCAGACAGUUCUUGAUAUCCAAGUCUGUUUUAUGGUAAGUUGAGACAACAGACAAGAGUAAACUUAUUGAUUCUCUCGUUUAUAUUACACACACUUAUACAUUUACCUUCAGAUUGUCUUAGGAAAAAAAGUGGAGGAACUGUUUGGAAAUCACAGUCUCAUAUCCAGUGGCUCUUCUAACAGUGACCCACACCAACAUCUGUGCUUCAGAGUGCACACACACAAGCACACAGCGCACACAAAUCUGCAGUGUUAUACUGCAGGGGUUAUACACUGCCUGAGAGGUAAUGCAUUAUGUUGGUAUCAGUACUGAACCACUUCCUUAUUUCGGUUGGAGGCUGAAUGCCUCACCUGUGAUCUCUGUUCUCUCAGCCAAUAAACUGAACACGUGCCGCUUGACCAAUAGAGCUUAGGAAUAUAAACAGUGUCUGUAGCCAAGGACUUUCCUAGGGCAGUGUGUGCGUGUGCAUGCAUGUGUGCACGCAUGUGAGCAGGUUGUUAUACUUGGACCAGGGCCUGAAAAUACAGCUAUUCUGUAUUCAUGCUGUACAGGCAUUCAUGCUGUACAGUCGUACAUCAGAAGACUAGGGCAUCAGUAAGCCCAUGUAGACAAUAGUCACAGAUCUAGGAUCAGCUCACCUCCCCCAAUCCAACCUAACGUUAGAUACAAACUGCCCUUAGAUCAGUGUCUAUCAGCAACAAGUCUUUGGGGUGUACAAUAUCCUGCCAGCUGCACAGCAGCUGAGCUAUGUCUCACCACAGACUGCAUCACUUCCUGCUUUGUCUGCGCCUGUUAUCUUCUCCCACACCCACAACAGAGACGGCCUGGGUUACUUACUGUUAGUGUGUGUGUGUGUGUGUGUGUGUGCGUUUGUUUGCAUGUGUGCAUUCUUUUUUUGUAAUCAACAUUCUUAACGUGCAGGCUUUUCUGAAAUGAUUGAAUGUUUGUGUGUGUCUCCCUCCAGGGUGUGUGUGUCUGGUUCACCGUCAGAGGGGAAGGAUCAAAGGUCACAGCAGGUCGGGCGCCAGAGGUUAGGAGUCAUGUCUGCCGUGGCGUUCCAGGACCUUCCUCUCAACAUCUACAUGGUCAUCUUCGGGACCGGAGUCUUCGUCUUCGUCCUCAGCCUCAUCUUCUGCUGCUACUUCAUCAGGUAAACAUAUCCCUCCAUCUAUUUAUCUAUCUGUCUGUCUGUCUGCAAGUGUUGCACGGUAUACCAAAACGUCCAUAUUUUUUUAAAUACUAAAACGUGAAAAACGGUUCGGUACUAGAAUGUUGGUUACUUUUGGUACUUGUGCCAAAUGUGUCUGACGGAUCAAGUCUGGCUAUCAGCGCAGCAGAUGUCCCCCACGGAGCACACGUGCCUGCUCCACAUACUCAUUAAUAGUCUGCACUGGGAGUCUGGGCUGUUUCAUGUUUAGCUCCCCACUCAUGCUACACAGAAGUUAACACUGCGACAUGGCAUGUAGAAAUGUUGAAACUGUUAAUUACCGUUCGCAAUACAAUUUCCAUACAGGCUAGAAUAACUUUACAAUGCAAGAAGAUACCGGUAGCUUCCAGCUUUGUAUGCUAACUUUCCUUGCAGCCCGUGAAACCCAGGAUCCUUGGGACAUCCCUACUCCAUUGAAGUUGAAGUUAAAAAGGGUUAAGGUUAGGGUUAGGUAAUAGGUUAGGAUAAGGAUUAAAGUUAGGGUUUAGGGUAGGGAUGUCCCAAGGAUCCAGGGUUGCACUGACCCUUUCCUUGCUAGCUUACAGCUGAAACUAACAUAAAUUCACUACCCUAGUACUUUUUUUGUGAUAAUAUGCAAACCAUACUGCAAAAUAUACUGAUUCAAAGCAGAUUGCCACUAAAAACUUUAUUCAUUCACUUAAUCAGUCUCCCUCACGUCUCUCCCUCAGCAAACUGAGGCCGAAGGCUCUGGCAGGCCGCUUCUUGGCUUGUGAAUGAGUCAUUACUGGUUAAAGAGACAGCGCACACUUUUAUAAAAUAAGCCACUUUUAUGCAAAUGUUGUUGAUCAGUACAAUAAAAUAAAUGCCACAUGGAAGGGAAACAGAUUGUUUGUCAUCAGUAGGCCCAUGAAAUCAGUCAAAAUAAGCUCAAUAACUCAAUGCAUGCGCAAACUCCUAUUGAAUAUGCAUUCACCUGUGGGUCAUUCCAUGUCAUUUCAGCAAGCCAUGACACGCAUUAUCUCUGGUGAAUAACUUUUGCUCAUGAUGAAAAUAAAUUGUGUGGUCAAUUGUGUGGUCAAGCCAGUUCUAAAUGAAAGCAAUUCAGUUUGUCCUUCUCUUAGCAACCUGGACACAAAUUAAGCCUAAGAGAAGGACAAACUUAAUUGCUUUCCAGCCAUGCUUUCAUAGCUGGAAUUGUGAGGAUGACCAUACAAUUUAUUUUCAUCAUGAGCAAAAGCUAUUGUUUUUCUACCCAAAGUUGCAAAUAAAAUGUUGUGAUCCAUUUAAUAAACACAAGAGACCAGCAAAAUGCAUAAAAGGGUGUUUGGUGGCAGUAGAAGGAACAGCAGCAUCUAGUGGGCAAAACGUGGUACUUUCACAAAUUCACACUCAUUUAUGGUAAAUAAUGCAAGCGACAUAAAUGGCUAGUUUCUCUGAACAGGGGGGAAAAAACAUCACCAGAUUCACAGGAAAUACAUUACAGUACAAAGGAUGAAGAAGCAAUACUCCAAGCAGCAGCUGCAUACUACUUGUCAGAUAUAGAGAACUGAUACUGUAUACUGGUUGUUGGUGUGGGAUAGGCGUGGGGUGUGGGUGGCUUUUGAUAAUUUUAUUGGAUUCCUCAUAUUUGACUCAUUGUUAGGAAGAAUGCUGGUCCAAAUCGAAUGUUAGGUACUAUAUUUAUGGAAGAUUAUAUGAAUCCAAUAAAUUAAAAUGGCCAAUUUGGGUGCAAUCAAUUAGCUUAAUUUGUCAGACUAAAAUGUAAAUGUAAAUGUCAGAGAUCAAAUUAUAUUGAAACAAAAAUAAUGUUUCAGGAAUGAUAAUUGUAUCAAUUUCUAACUACAGAAACGAUUUCAGAACAAUAUGAGAUGGUGGGUGUCAAAAUCCUCUUUCUUGUGCUUUUUGAGGUGGAAUAGGCAUUUACAUUACAUUUAAGUCAUUUAGCAGACGCUCUUAUCCAGAGCGACUUACAAAUAGGCCUAGGGUACAUCUUGAUUUAGCCAGUUUAUCAAUAGAGAUUUAACCAUUCAAAUAAAUUAUAAUCAUUAUGUUGUUAUGUAGUUAGAUUGUUAAAGACAAAGUCAAAUUAAUUGCAUGAUUGUAUAAUUGGUAAAUUAAUGAAUACAUGGGGGUCUCCAAAAAAUACUGACGUAAAACAUUUCAAAUGUAAUGAUAUUGAACUCAAAACAUGCCCAACGAUUGAAUAGAGCAGUAGCUGAGUUUAUCCGUCUGGAUGAAGUGCCAUUCUGUGACUUUGGCUAAUAUGCCUUCUUCUUUUCUGUGGUAUCAUUUUGGUAUCAAAUCCAUCCAUCUGACAGGUGUGGCAUAUCAAGAAGCUGAUUAAACAGCAUGAUCAUUACACAGGUGCUCCUUGUGCUGGGGCCAAAAAAAGGCCACUCUAAAAUGUGCAGUUUUGUCACACAACACAAUGCCACACAAUGUCCACCAGAGCUGUUGCCAGAUAAUUGAAUGUUCAGUUCUCUACCAUAAACCGCCUCCAACGUUGUUUUAGAGAAUUGGGCAGUACGUCCAAUUGGCCUCACAACCGCAGACCACGUGUAACCACGCCAGCCCAGGACCUCCACAUCCGGCUUCUUCACCUGCGGAAUCGUCUGAGACCAGCCACCCGGACAGCUAAUGAAACUGUGGGUUUGCACAACCUAAGAAUUUCUACACAAACUGUUAGAAACUGUCUCAGGGAAGCUCAUCUGUGUGCUCGUCGUCCUCACCAGGGUCUUGACCUGACUGCAGUUCGGCGUUGUAACCGACUUCAGUGGGUAAAUGCUAAUUUUGGAUGGCCAUUGGCACGCUGGAGAAGUGUGCUCUUCAUGGAUGAAUCCCAGUUUCAACUGUACCAGGCAGAUGGCGUUGUGUGGGUGAGCGGUUUGCUGAUGUCAACGUUGUGAACAGAGUGCCCCAUGGUGGUGGUGGGGUUAUGGUAUGGGCAGGCAUAAGCUACGGACAAUGAACACAAUUGCAUUUUAUUGAUAACAAUUUGAAUGCACAGAGAUACCGUGACGAGAUCCUGAGGCCCAUUGUCAUGCCAUUCAUCCGCCGCCAUCACCUCAUGUUUCAGCAUGAUAACACACAGCCCCAUGUCGCAAGGAUCUGUACACAAUUCCUGGAAGCUGAAAAUGUCCCAGUUCUUCCAUGGCCUGCAUACUCAUCAGACGUGCAACCCAUUGAGCAUGUUUGGGAUGCUCUUGAUCGACGUGUACGACAGCGUGUUCCAGUUCCCGCCAAUAUCCAGCAACUUUGCACAGCCAUUGAAGAGGAGUGUGACAACAUGCCACAGGCCACAAUCAACAGCCUGAUCAACUCUAUGCGAAGGAGAUGUGUCGCGCUGCAUGAGGCAAAUGGUGGUCACACCAGAUACUGACUGGUUUUCUGAUCCACGCCCCUACCUUUUUUUUAAAGGUAUCUGUGACCAACAAAUGCAUAUCUGUAUUCCUGUAUUGUUGUCAUGGGGGACCAUCUCCUCACCCGUCCCUCUGUUUCCUCUGUCCUGAAGUAUUUCCCAACUAAAACAAUCAGCUGCAGAUGCUUAUCAGCCUGGUUUGUCCCUGAGUCUAUUUAAGGCCUCAGGCUGCAGCCCCAUGGUUGGAAGGAAACUUAGUUUCUACUAUUCUGAACCUCCCACACAUAGGGCCCUAUAAAAUCCGAGAUUCCAGACAUUAAAACGGAAUUCAAAAAUGUAUUGAACUUAGUAGGGAAUCAACUAAAUGUAUUGAAAAUGAAUUAAUUAUCAUAAGACAAUGAACAGAAUGUAUCAGUUAAAUUGUAUUUCCUUCUGAAGAGGCAACGAGAAUUGCACUGGUCUGUGAAUGUGCGGUGCGCGUGUCUACCACUUUGUGUAGCCGUUAGCGAUGAUGCUAAUGGAAAGUCUUCUGGUAGAUGGUAAUUUGCCUUAAGGCUUUCCCAAAAACCUUCUCAAUCAAAUAUUAACUACAAAGUAGCCUAUACUUACCUGAUCUCUUGAUUAUUUGCAUCAAUCCAGUGGGUAUUUGUUUUGCAAACUCUACCAUCACAAAAAAACACACGCUAGACAACAGCCUCUUGCUAGUUGCACACUGGAAUUAAAGGGUAACUACACCCAAAAAUCUAAAUUUCUCUGUUUUUCCCAGACCUCAAAAGUGGUCUCCUGGUGUGGUUUAAGCAUUGUUGUGGACUUACAAAACAACUCAAUUGGAUGUUCUAUUUUAAAAAGUGUGAUUUUUAGAGUGGAAUCCCCCAAAAAAACUGGAAAUUGGAAACCUGAAAUAACUAAAUGGAAAAAACUGAAUUUGGGAAAAAACUAAACGUAAUCAGGCAAAAAUUUAAACUGCUUUUAUAGGGCCCCCUAUGCGAUUACACCAACACACACGCACAUUUUAAGACACGAAUAGAAGGAGGAAUGUCUAUUGUCGUCAUCUGUGUUGUGACAAAGAGGAUAUACCACAGUGGUAACUGGAGACUGCUCUGGGGUCUGAAGAGUUAUUGAGGCUUAAUGAAGUGGGAUUGUGUUCAGUGUGAACAACACAGCACUGUGUCCGGGGUAUGACCCUCUUUGCUCCACAAUGUGGUCCUUUCAAAGUGGCAGAGAAGAGAGGAAAGGCAUUAUGCCCAUUGAAACUGAAUAUGCACAGCGGGCACGAGCCCCUUUACUAAGAUUCAUUUGUUCGAUGAAAACGUGCUACUGUAUAUAUGGUCAUUUUUUCACAGAAUUAUUGAAAAUAAUUGAAUUUGGCAAUCAGUGCACUUCAAAACUAAAACUAAAAAAUAACAUUCUGACUAGGGCCAGCAGUUUCAGCUUAUGUACCUCUAGGGUGAUUACUCAGACAGGUUCAUUUAUGAAUCCUGAGGGCAGUGGUCUAAGGGCACUGCAUCGCAGUGCUAACUGUGGCCACUAGAGAUCCUGGUCGAAUCCAGGCUCUGUCCGCGCCGGCCGCGACCGGAAGACUCAUGGCGGCGCACAAUUGGCAGCGUCGUCCCGGGUAGGGGAGGGAAUGGCCGGCAUGAUUAGCUCAGUUGGAUAGAGCAUGGCGUUUGCAACGCCAGGGUUGUGGGUUCGAUUCCCAGCUCGGGGGCCAUAAUAUAAAAAAAUAACUCAAUAAAACAAUAUAUUAUUCACUAACUGUCAAUCGCUCUGAGAUAAGAGCGUCUGCUAAAUGAUAAAUGUGUAAUGUAAAAAUAAUGAAUCCCCUGUCUGCUGUCCCGUCCUCUCCUUGCCUGUCUUCUUACUCAGUUGGACUAAAAGUCUCUCCUCUCCCUAUUAAACUGAUGUACCGGCCAGCGCAGAGUUUUGAUACUGAACUAUCUUCUAUAAGUCAGUCAUGUUCAACACACUGCAUGUAUAACACAAUUACUUCCUCAUCAUCAGAUGUUUGCAUACAAACUUAGGGUGCCUUCCAGGUCACCUUUUUUGCUGUCGUGCUGUGCAUAUAAUCAGAAGCACAAUGCCUGGAGAAUUGUUGAAAAUCUCUGGAAUACAUUACAGAAAUAUAUUGUAACUGCAAAGACAGCCCCACAUCAAUCCUCACAGUGUCUCCGGCCCCCUAGUGUUGAGAGCAAAAACAUUCCAAUGACCUUUUAAACACCCCUUCAUCUUGUGAAUGGAAAACCUGUUUCAUUCAAUGUUUGUCUCACAAUUCUAGCGGUAAUCACUGAUGCUUUUUCACAGGUGGUAUUCAAAGGGGAUACAAAGAAACUGAAUCUACACGGGGUAAGUUUUUUAUUUUCUUCUUUCCAUUGUAAAUCUGUUUAGUGCCGACUCUUUUUACACUCUCCAACCCCUCUCUCUCGCCCCUGGUUUCUAUCUCUUUCUCUCUCGAUUGCUCCCCCUCUCCUUCUCGCCAUCACAGCAGACAUGUGCAGUGUGCUUGGAGGACUUCAGAGUGAAAGAUGAGCUAGGAGUGUUGCCAUGCCAACAUGCCUUUCACCGGAGGCAAGUGUCACCUCACGCCAAGCAGAUAGAAUUGAUGUGUCAGAUGUGUGUUGUGUGUCUGUGUGCACGUGUGUGUCUGUACAUGCAUAUGUGUGUGUGCGUGCGUGUGUAUCUGUAAGUGCAUAUCUGUGUGUGUGUGUGUGUGUGUGUAUAUGCGUGCAUAUACACUACCAGUCAAAGGUUUGGACACACCUACUCAUUCAAGGGUUUUUCUUUAUUUUUAAAAAUGUUGUACAUUGUAAAAUAAUAGUGAAGACAUCAAAACUAUGAAAUAACACAUAUGGAAUAAUGUAGUAACCAAAAAAGUGUUAAACACUCUUGGCAUUCUCUCAACCAGCUUCAUGAGGUAGUCACCUGGAAUACAUUUCAAUUAACAGGUGUGCCUUCUUAAAAGUUAAUUUGUGGAAUUUAUUUCCUUCUUAAUGUGUUUUAGUCAAUCAGUUGUGUUGUGACAAGGUAGGGGGGUAUACAGAAGAUAGCCCUAUUUGGUUAAAGACCAAGUCCAUAUUAAGGCAAAAACAGCUCAAAUAAGCAAAAGAGAGCCGCAAAAACCAUCAAGCGCUAUGAUGAAAUUGGCUCUCAUGAGGACUGCCACAGGAAUGGAAGACCCAGAGUUACCUCUGCUGCAGAGGAUAAGUUCAUUAGAGUUACCAGCCUCAGAAACUGCAGCCCAAAUAAAUGCUUCACAGAGUUCAAGUAACAGACACAUCUCAACAUCAACUGUUCAGAGGGGACUGUGUAAAUCAGACCUUCAUGGUCGAAUUGCUGCAAAGAAACCACUCCUAAAGGACACCAAUAAGAAGAAGAAACCUGCUUGGGCCAAGAAACACGAGCAAUGGACAUUAGACCGGUAGAAAUGUGUCCUUUGGUCUGGAUUCCAAAUUGGAGAUUUUUGGUUCAAACUGCCGUGUCUUUGUGAGACGUGGUGUGGGUGAACAGAUGAUCUCCGCAUGUGUGGUUCCCACUGUAAAGCAUGGAGGAGGAGGUGUUAUGGUGUGGAGGUGCUUUGCUGGUGACACUGUCUGUGAUUUAUUUAGAAUUCAAGGCACACUUAACCAGCAUGGCUACCACAGCAUUCUGCAGCGAUACGCCAUCCCAUCUGGUUUGGGCUUAGUGGGACUAUAAUUUGUUUUUCAACAGGACAAUGACCCAACACACCUCCAGGCUGUGUAAAGGCUAUUUUACCAAGACGGAGAGUGAUGGAGUACUGCAUCAGAUGACCUGGCCUCCACAAUCCCCCGACCUCAAUCCAAUUGAGAUGGUUUGGGAUGAGUCGGACGGCAGAGUGAAGGAAAAGCAGCCAACAAGUGCUCAGCAUAUGUGGGAACUCCUUCAAGACUGUUGGAAAAGCAUUCCAGGUGAAGCUGGUUGAGAGAAUUCCAAGAGUGUACAAAGCUGUCAUCAAGGCAAAGGGUGGCUAUUUGGAUAUAUUUGGAUUUGUUUAACACUUUUUUGGUUACUACAUGAUUCCAUAUGUGUUAUUUCAUAGUUUUGAUGCCUUCACUAUUAUUCUACAAUGUAGAAAAACCCUUGAAUGAGUAGGUGUGUCCAACUUUUGACUGGUACUGUAUGUGUUACUGAAUUGUUGUUUGCCCCUGCAGUUGCCUGGUGAAGUGGCUGGAGGUGCGCUGUGUGUGUCCCAUGUGCAACAAGCCCAUCACUGGACCAUCUGAACAUCGCCACAGCCUGGGCACACUACUGGAAGAACUGGUGUAGCGCGUUGCUAUGGCGAUACAGUUGGAACGGACUGGUGUAACAUGUCGCUAUGACGAUGCAGCUGGAACAGACUGGUGUAGCACGUUGCUAUGACAACACAGCUGGAAUAGACUGAUGUAACAUGUUGCUAUGAUGAUAUGACUGGAACAGGCUGGUUUAGGGGUCCCGGGACAGACUAUACGUCUUUAAAGUGAAUUAACGGGACAAACUGUUCUUAGGGUCCAGGGACAAAACCACAUGUAACCAUAACGAUGGAGAACAAAGAUUCAGAUUUCAGACCCUCAUGUAUUGAUAACAAGACGGUACACAGAGCAUUAUGGGUACUGUAGUAUAUCAUACUGCACCUUAUCAAGUGGAAUCAGUCAUUUAAUGACUGGCUGCCCAAACCUCUACAGUGCUCACUCCACCAGUCUCAGGAAUGAGGGCAGGAAGAAGGAUUCACAAAGCCAAACUCUGGGACUAAAACUCCCCUCUCAACCCUCAGUCACUGACAGGAAGAGGGGCUACCUGUUGAGGGAGAACUUCAGAUAA